AUGCAUACCUGUUGGUUGCUAAUACUGUUGUUCUUCUAUGGGUGUCACAGUCGAAAGCGUGGUUACAGACCCAAACCAGUACGAAAAAUUGAUGAUGAUUAUGACGAUGAUGAAGCACCGGAAAAGAGUCGAGAAGCUUUCAAAAGAAGGGAGCAUUCUGCAGUCACGCCGGAGAAAAUUCAAACAUGUUUCAAACAAGAGCAAUUCAUUCAUGCUAAUCAUGAAGAUUACUUUAAUAGCACAAGAAAGCGAGUCAACGAAGCUCCUGUGAGAGUUCUCGGGAUUGCGACGGACUGCGUUGUAUACUUUGGCUGGCUCCAUUUGAUAAGAACGAGUAAAGCUUCCAGAAAUGUAUUUGUUGAAGGAUACAAGGAUGCCUGUAUAGGAUUCAAACCAUUUAUCUUGAGAUCAACAAAUGAUGGCAAGAAAGAGCUUCUUUUUGUUGCAGUGAAAAGGAGUGGACGAAGGAUGCUAGUGCAAAGUAUUGCAAGUAGCCUAACUGUAUCUGAAAAACCUGCAUCUAUGCUCGGAGGAAUGAUGCUAAUGCUGAUGAAUCCCUAUUCUCGUCAUGAACAAUUCUUAUCCAACGAAUUUCCUCCAGACUUUACCUACAUAGCAUGCACAAACCUAUUGUUCAAUAUCUAUAUCAUGGGAUAUUCAUCGGCCAAAACUCGGUUGCUGGAGCUAAAGAUUGGAAUUGACAAGUACAGAAAUCUUGUGCCUUUUAUUACAACCAACGUCAUUGAAGUUGACCCUCUCAUUCAUCCACCUAUUUUUGGAGCAGACUUGGUUCCUGCUUAUGACUUCAAAUGGGGUAAAUCACUCACGUCUGGGUUUAUCUUUGUCCGCCAACACUACGAACAUGGACAACCACAAAACGGCUUGUAUUCGGCGGUCGGAAUCCCAAUGGCUUCUCUGCUAUCCAGAUCGUUUGGGGGAUCCGGGCCCAGACUAAACUACUACGGUCAUUUAUAUCAGGACAACCAUUUUACGGCGUAUCAUAAUCGUCAUUGUAAAUUUCUUGGCAGCUUCAUGUUUUUCAACCAAUAUGCUUAUUUGAAUUGGACACCAGCAACAUUGCCAUCAGUGGAACUUGAACUAAGCAAAGCAACAAGAAGUCGCUUCUUCAACCAUCUC